UGCGUAGCGAAAAAGCCUGUACCUCCCUCGUCUCUAAACCCAAGAAAACGUGGUACAACAAAUGCGGCAUGACCUACGCACGAGUCUAGCAGAAUGCGCAAUCAACGGGAAAGCUCAUGGCCAACGGUUGUACAACGCAUUCGCCAGGCCGCAGAAUCUUGCUGCUGUCGCACUCCUUGGAUCCCGUGUGAGCGAGCUUCCAGACGUUCAAUUGGUAACAGCAACGAUGGCGGACGAAGAUGUGGCUCGGUUCGCAGCAAGGCCGGGCUUGCAACCUUCCCACGGACUUUGCUGUCUCUUGCCUCGAGAGCAGACAAGCAGGGACCCAGUGCUUGUUAAGCAGGCAGGAUCUCGAUCGGGUUGUAGAUGACUUGAUUACAGGCCCAGGAUGGCGCUGUUGCUGGUGGGGGAAGGUUGACAAACAACAAAGGAAGCAAACAAAUAACCCGCCCAAGUGAUGAAGGAAAGCACAGAUAGUAAGCAAACAGCAGCGGAGGAGACCCAGACAGGUCAAGUCAAGCACCCUGUAGGGAUGGUAAAGGAUUGAGGCCGGUCGAAAUUGUUGUUACAGACUUGACCGCGCGGGGUUCGGUGGAAAUGGGCGACUUUGUUGCCGACGCCUAUUAUUGCGAGAGGAUUUGAAUCCGGUCGAAGAACGCAAGCGCCGGUGAACGAGCCUCUAGAUAUUGGGCAGCAAUAAACGGUCUGGACCUGAGGCAGCUAUGGCCUGCUUGUUGGGAGUGUGGUGAGAAGAGAGCAAUAGAUCUCCCGAGUGUGCUGGGAUGAUUGACGGUGUUCGGAGCAGCGUGGGGAAAGCCCAAGGCGGAAUUGUGAGGCGACCAGGUCGGCGGGUAUGUAGCCAGGGUUCUCGAGAGCUCUUUCUGGGUAUGAUCACCGCCUUCAAUGUACUCGGAGAGUCCUCGCAAAACCCGAGACAGGGCGAAAGUCGAGAGGGAGAAAAAGGACGGUCUGCAGACGUUGAUCACGGGCGAAAGAAGGAAAUCAAUUGAAGGGCAAUAAUAGUACGAGAGGCGAUCGAUGACGGGCGGUCGGUCGGUCGGUCGGCUCUCUCUGGUCGAAAUGGAAGAUUGUGAUGGGAUAGAUAAUAGCUAGGGGGAGUCGUAGUAAUAGACGCAGUAUAGCAGCGAUGAGAUGCUAGCAGUUCC